ACUGAGAAGAAGCUGUCUUUCCCAUGGCCGCCUGACAAUAGAGGCACGCUGGCAGUGCGUUUCGGCGGAGGCUGGACCGUAGUAGGUGUGUCUGAGGAUAACAUGCAGAAUAUAUUGUAAUGUGUUCAGCAGCAGGAUGGCGUGAAAGAGCUGCACUGAGAGAAAGACAGCAGAGAGAAGCGCACGUUCAAAACAGUGAGAGAAGAGGCAAGGAACACUUCUCACGGCAUAUCACAAAUAUGGAUUUUGGUUUUAAAGCACAUACCGGAAUGCUGGCAUUGCUGACUACUCUUCUUUGUUGCUUGAAUGGGGCGUUUAGUAAAGAGAAUUGUGAUGGCCCACUGGUAUCAUCUCUGCCUCAGACGUCAUUCAACAGCUCAUCCCAGUUGUCCAACAGUCAUAGCCCUGGCUUUGCAAAACUCAACAGAAGAGAUGGUGCUGGUGGGUGGUCCCCAAUGGAGUCUGACAAGUAUCAAUGGCUGGAAAUUGAUCUUGGAGAAAGGACUGAGAUUACAGCCAUUGCCACACAGGGGAGGUAUGGCAGCUCAGACUGGGUUACCAGCUACCUGCUAAUGUUCAGUGACACCGGCAGAAACUGGAAACAGUACCGCCAAGAGGACAGCAUCUGGGCAUUUUCUGGAAAUACAAAUGCUGACAGUGUUGUUCAGUACAAACUGCAGCAGCCUGUAAUAGCUCGGUUCCUACGAGUCCUUCCUCUGGACUGGAAUUCAAAUGGAAGGGUGGGCAUGAGGUUGGAGGUCUACGGAUGCCUAUACAAGUCUGAUGUGGCAAGUUUUGAUGGCAGCAGCUCAUUGCUCUACAGGUUCAGUCAAAAUUCAAGUCAAACAGCCAAAGAUGUGAUAUCCAUGAAGUUCAAAACGCUGCAGAAUUCCGGAAUUAUCAUUCAUGGUGAAGGACAAGAGGGACACAGCCUGACACUGGAGCUGCACAAAGGAAAGCUCUUACUUCACAUCAAAAUAGGCAGAGCAAAGUCCAGUUCUUCUGACAGCCCAAAUUUCGUGACACUAGGGAGUCUAUUAGAUGACCAACAUUGGCACUCAGUUGUUAUGGAGCGUGUCAACAGGCACAUCAAUUUUACGGUGGACAAGAGCACACAGCAGUUUGAGAUCAACGGGGACUUCAGUCAUUCUGAUAUUAAUAAUGAGCUCAGCUUUGGAGGUGUCGCGGGCCAUGGGAAAUCAGGAACGUUUUCUAGGAGAAAUUUCCAUGGGUGCCUGGAGAACCUGUUCUACAAUGAUGUCAAUUUGAUAGAUCUGGCAAAAACCAAACAUCGGAUAACAGUAAUGGGCAAUGUUACCUUUGCUUGCUCCGAGCCAUCCAACGUUCCAGUGACGUUCUUAGGCUCUGAGAGUUACCUGCAGUUUCCUGGGCCACUGCAGAAGGACAGCAUGUCAGUCAGCCUGCAGUUCAGGACAUGGAACAAAGCGGGACUCCUCCUGACUACUGAAAUGCACCAGCAUGCUGGGAGCUUGUGGCUUUACCUCAGUGAGGGCAAAGUCAAAUUACAGAUAUCUAAGUCUGGAAGAGUUCUGGUGGAUGUUACAGCAGGAUCUAGCUUAAAUGAUGGCCAGUGGCAUUCUGUGGAUUUCAAUGCAAGGAGAGGUCGUUUAAGCGUAACUGUGGACAAAGAGACAGGGUCUGCUGCACAUGCAAGCUCAACUUUCCAUUUUGCUGCUGGCAACCAUUUAUUUUUUGGAGGUUGUCCUGACGGCAGAAACAACCAAGAAUGUAGAAAUCCAUUCAAUAUUUUUCAAGGUUGUAUGCAGCUCAUAUAUGUUGACAAUAUGGCUAUAGAUCUAAUCAAGGUGCAACAAAGACUAGUGGGGAAUUUCAGUGACUUGCAAAUGGACUUAUGUGGCAUCAUUGAUAGAUGUUCCCCCAGCCAUUGUGAACAUGGGGGAAAGUGCACACAGUCCUGGAAUACAUUCUACUGCAAUUGCUCCAACUCGGGCUACAUUGGAGCGACAUGUCACAGCUCUAUUUAUGAACAGUCCUGUGAGGCAUACAAACACAAGGGGAAUUCAUCUGGGUUUUAUUAUAUUGACUUGGAUGGAAGUGGUCCACUCAACCCACAGCUAGUCUACUGCAACAUGACAGACAAGACAUGGAUGGUGAUACAGCACAAUAACACAGAGCUGACUAAAUUAAAAUCUUCUGGUGGGAUAAGUCAGCACUUAGUCUACUUUAACUAUUCCGCCAACAUGGAACAGCUUGAGGCUAUAAUUAACCAAGCAGAGCACUGCGAACAGGAAGUGUCCUACCACUGCAAAAAGUCACGCCUCUUAAACACACCUGAUGGUGCGCCAUUGACCUGGUGGAUGGGGAGAACACGUGAAGUACACACCUACUGGGGCGGAGCAACACCAGGGAUCCAGAAAUGCUCCUGUGGCCAGGAAGACAACUGCAUUGAUUCCAAUUACUAUUGCAACUGUGAUGCAGACCGGAAAGAAUGGACAAAUGAUUCAGGUCUGCUAUCAUUUAAAGACCAUUUGCCCAUCACUGAAAUAUCUUUUGGUGACAUAAACAGAGCCGAUUCUGAGGCAGCUUAUAAAGUCGGCCAUCUGCAGUGCUACGGUGACAAGAACUUUUGGAAUGCUGCCUUUUUCAAUAAGGAGACGUCCUAUCUCCACUUUCCCACGUUCCAAGGGGAGCUAAGCGCUGACAUAUCCUUUUUGUUCAAGACCACAGCCACAUCUGGUGUGUUCCUGGAAAAUCUUGGAAUUAAAGAUUUCAUACGGAUCGAGCUCAGCUCCCCUUCUGAAGUAGUGUUUUCAUACGAUGUGGGAAAUGGUCCUUUUGAAGUGAGAGUGGAGACACCCACUCAAUUAAAUGACAACCAGUGGCACUAUGUGAAAGCGGAGAGGAAUGUGAAAGAAGCCUUGCUGCAAGUGGAUCAUUUACCGAGUAGGACACAGAAGGCUCCUACAGAUGGACAUAUUCAUCUGCAGCUCAACAGCCAAUUAUUUGUAGGAGGAACUGCUUCAAGGCAGAAAGGUUUUCUUGGGUGCAUUCGUUCUCUACAACUAAAUGGAAUAACACUGGAUCUUGAGGAACGGGCCAAAAUCACGCCUGGAGUCAAACCAGGUUGCCCAGGGCACUGCAGCAGCUAUGGCAGCCUUUGUCAGAAUGAAGGGAAAUGUGUGGAGAAAUAUAAUGGAUUCUCAUGCGAUUGCAGCUUGUCUGCAUUUACAGGACCUUUCUGCAAAAAAGAGCUUUCUGCUUACUUUAAACCAGGAACAUCUGUGACAUAUACUUUCAAGGAGCCGUAUGAACUGACAAAAAACUCAAGUACUCAGUCAUCUUCCAUUUAUUCUGAUUUAACUCUUCGAGGUGAGAACAUCACAUUCAGUUUCAGGACGACACAAGCUCCAGCACUGCUCUUGUAUGUUAACUCCUACUACAGGGAAUAUCUUGCAGUUCUGCUCAACAGAAAUGGUCACUUGGAUAUCAAGUACAAAUUACAAAAUAAUAAAGAUGCGGAGAUAUUCAGGAUGAACAUGAGAAAUUUGGCUAAUGGGCAACUUCAUAAAUUGACCAUCAAGAGGCAAGCAGACAUUCUCAAUGUUCAGGUUGAUCAGUAUGAGAGGGAAGAAUUCAAUCUAUCAUCUGAUGUGGAAUUCAAUGCAAUCAAGUCUGUUGUUAUUGGAAAAGUUUAUGAGAAUGGCGAGCUGGACCCGGAGAUAUCCAGGGUCAACUCGUUGGGCUUCACCGGCUGCCUCUCGGUGGUACAGUUCAACAACAUCACCCCACUGAAGGCAGCUCUGCUGUACCCGAGCAGCAGCCCCGUCACUGUUAAGGGACAGCUUGGGGAGUCACAGUGUGGGGCCUCCUCUCCGUCCAACCCCUUCGCUAUUGAGACCACGCAUUCACUGUCAGAUCACUCUGGUACAAUAGAUACCGGUGAGCCGAUAGUCAAUGCAAUCAGGAGUGACUCUGCUCUUAUUGGAGGUGUCAUUGCUGUCAUGAUAUUUAUCAUACUCUGUGUUCUGGCAAUAAUGGCAAGAUUUCUGUAUCGGCGAAAGGAGUCCUUUCAGAGCAGAGAAGCCAAAGGAGACAAGUCGGAUGAUAGUCCCGAUUUUCCUUUCAACAACGAUCCAAACUCACAGAAUGUAUUGAGUGAAAACCAAAAGGAAUACUUCAUAUAAUGAACUCUCCCUCUUCCUCAGCACUCUGUUACACAAUCAAGAUAAACUGGGGACAAA